AUGUUCGUGUGCGGGAGGAAGGGCGAGCCCAUGCUGGUGGAGCUGGCGCACAGGGAGCUGCGCGAGCAGCAGGAGGGACGGGCUGGCACAGAGCUCUGGUUCCUCCCUGCAGGCGCUCUGUGCCUGUGCUCCCCUGCCCCAGCCUCCUGGGGACCACUGCUGCCAGCGGCGCUGCCCACGUGUGGGCACAGCGAUGGCCCGCGGGGGGCUGUCUGUGUGAUCAUGCUCUGCGAGGCCGGCAGCCACCCUCCUUCCCUGACCCACGUCCUGGCACACCUUUCUUUUCCAGAACCAGAUGAGCCAUUUGAGUUCAUUAUCGUGUCCCUGACGGGCCAGACGUGGCUCUUUGAGGCCUCAACGUCAGAGGAGCGAGAGCUUUGGGUCCAGGCUAUCGAGAGCCAGAUCCUGGCCAGCCUGCAGGGCUGUGAGAGCAGCAAAAAUAAGGCUCGGCUGGGCAGCCAGAGUGAUGCACAGGCCAUGCAGGCCGUCCGCACCGCACGUGGGAACAGCUUCUGUGUGGACUGCGACGCACCGAAUCCGGAUUGGGCAAGUCUGAACCUGGGAUCCCUCAUGUGCAUUGAGUGCUCCGGGAUCCAUCGCAACCUGGGCACCCACCUGUCCCGUGUGCGCUCCUUGGACCUGGAUGACUGGCCUAGCGAGCUUCUCAUGGUCAUGACAGCCAUCGGCAAUGCCCUGGCCAACGCUGUCUGGGAAGGAGCAGUGGAAGGCUACCCCAAGCCUACCCCUGAGAGCGGUCGGGAGGAGAAGGAGCGCUGGAUCCGGGCCAAGUAUGAGCAGAAGCUCUUCCUAGCUCCGCUGCCCCAGUCAGACAUCCCACUGGGGCAGCAGCUGCUGCGGGCCGUGGUGGAGGAUGACCUGCGCCUCGUGGUGACGCUCCUGGCCCAUGGCACCAAGGAGGAAGUGAAUGAGACCUACGGGGAUGGAGAUGGGCGCACAGCACUGCAUCUCUCCUGCGCCAUGGCCAAUGUAGUCUUCACACAGCUGCUCAUCUGGUACGGGGUGGACGUGAAGAGCCGGGAUGCUCGAGGCCUGACCCCGCUGGCCUACGCCCGGCGAGCUGGCAGCCAGGAGUGCAUCGACAUCCUGCUGCAGCAUGGAUGCCCCAGCGACAGCGCCGUCACCACGCUGACCCCCAGCCUGCCCCGCCGCAACACCAACGCCAACAACAAUGCCUGCACCGUGGUGCCAGCUGAGCUUGGCUCCAGCCCCAGCGCUGUCUAG